AUGUUCAGCAUGUUGAGGAGGGUGGCCUCGGAGGGGCCGACCUUGGUGUUGGCCUCGACGAGCUUCAGGUCGGACACAAUUUCAAUGGUACCACGGGCAAUCUUGGUGGGGACACCGAGAGCCUGGAAGAAAGAGGUCUUACCGGGCUCCAUACCGGUGUUGCCGGCGGGAACCCAGACAUCGGCGGGAGCGAGAGCACCGGCACGGGCAGGGGCGGCGACCUUGUUGGCGAGAAUCUUGUCACGGACGUCCUUGAGCUCGCCGUUGGUGAAGACGAAACCGACGUUACCCUUGACGAAGGGAAGGAGACGCUCGUACUCGGGGGAGUCGGGGAUGAAGCCUCGCGCCGUAAUAAAACGUACCAUGGUGUUCUUUCCCAUCAGGACGACACCCUCACCACGGAGGGACUGUCUGAUCUCGUGCAUCUGCUGA